UUGAUGGAAAACUACACCUACAACAGCUUUACCCUCCAACUGGAGGGGUUAAAGGUUACAGAAGUUUCUGUAUACCCUGUCUUUCUCUUCUUGUUUUUCUCCUACCUAAUUAUUAUAUUUGCAAAUGUUGGCAUUGUAGUCGUGGUUUUCAUUGACAAAAGUCUUCACCAGCCCAUGUAUCUGCUUUUCUGCAACCUGCCGGUUAAUGACAUUAUUGGAAAUUCGAUCUUGCUGCCCCGUUUGCUUUCAGAUAUCUUGCAGUCUUCAUCUGUGCACAUCAUCAGUUAUUAUGAAUGUGUGAUCCAAGCUUUUACCAUACACAUAUAUGCCACCACCUGCCACACAGCGCUCAUGAUUAUGGCCUUUGACAGAUAUGUGGCCAUCUGCAAUCCCCUGCGCUAUGCUGACAUAAUGACCAACAAAAUGGUGAUUAAGCUGACAAUUUCUGCCUGGGGAGCGUCCUUUGUGUUGGUCGGGAUUCUGCUCGGUCUGACCAUACGGCUGAACCGAUGCAGGACUCUGAUCACGAAUCCUUUCUGUGACAAUGCCUCACUGUUUAAACUCUCCUGUGAGAAUGUGUUUAUUAAUAAUGCCUAUGGCCUCGCUUUCACCGUAGUUCUGUUCACAGGUUCAAUAGGUAGCAUAGUUCUCACCUAUACUAAGAUUACAGUAGUCUGUCUGAUGAGUAACAACAAGUCUCUGAACAGUAAAGCCUUGAAGACCUGCAGCACUCAUCUCUUUGCAUAUCUAAUUAUGUUGUCAAGUGGAAUGCUGGUCAUCAUUCUGCAUCGCUUCCCUCAGUAUUCAGACUACAGAAAACUGUCCGCUAUUUUGUUUCAAAUCAUUCCCGGCUGCCUUAACCCCAUUAUUUAUGGCGUGCAGUCUAAAGAGAUUCAGAAGUUCCUGUCACAAUCGUUCCAGUUGAGAAAGGUUUUGCCAACGUACAUGUUAACUACAAAGAAGUAA